UCCCCUUCACGCUGAUUGGCUGCGCUGAUGCGGCGUUCUGUUAGCAGCGCCGCUCCGCCGAGUGAGACGUGUUCUUCGGUGUAACGGUCACGUAGCUCUCGUUAGACGACAUGCCGUAUUUCCAGACGUGGGAGGAGUUCGCCCGCGCGGCGGAGAAGCUGUACCUCACGGACCCCAUGAAGGUGCGCGUGGUGCUGAAGUACAGACACUGCGACGGAAACCUCUGCAUCAAAGUGACGGACAACGCCGCGUGUUUACAGUACAAGACGGACCAGGCUCAAGACGUGAAGAAGAUCGAGAAGCUCCACGGGAAACUGAUGAGACUCAUGGUGUCCAAGGAGACGCACAGCGGCUCCAUGGAGACGGACUGAAGCGCUCGGCGGGCAUCCGGACUGAGCUCAGUGGACACGGUGGUGGUUGUUUGCACAGGACCAUCGGUGCAACGUGGAGCCCCGAGACAUGGACCUGGUCAUGGGACUGGUCAUGCAUACUGUAUAUGUUUUAUUCUCUCAGGAUGUUUAUGAUACGUUCUUUAUAUAAAAACAAUCCACUUUCAUUUGACUUAUUGUGAUUCAUCCCAGACGGCGUUCCUGUUAGGCGCGUGCAGGCUGUCAAGAAGAGAGGUGCUGCAAUGUAAGCAGCUUUGGCACCUUGAUUGUUUUACUGGAGCUUGUUUUAUUUUCAGCUUUAAAGAGGACAGAAAUAAAGGACCGGCAAUGAAGACAUUG